GAGCGGUGUCACCGUGUUAUGGUUCCCCUCGUGUACGGACGUUCAGGUGAAGCGCGGUUCAUCUCAAUUUCUUCAUAGUUCGUGAAAGAAUUAGUCAACAUGCAUUUAACUCAUGAAUUAGAGCUUUUUCCCGACCGCAGGGUGACUCAGAUGCUUUUUAAGGAGGUCAAAAAUGCCGCAGAAUUGAGACAGAGUGCGGUAGCGGGUAAAAUAAACGGUGCCUUGAUCAACCCAACGAUGCUGGUGGAUCCUUUCCAAGUGCUGGUAGCUGCCAACAAGGCUGUUAACUUACAGAAAAGUGGAAAAAUGAAGACAAGAAGUUUAUACUCAGAAAUAAUCUUCAACCUGUCACCUACUAAUAAUAUCUCAGAGGCGUUUAAAAGGUUUGGGAUCUCAGAUGGCGAUGACUCCGUCCUGGUGGUCCUGGUUCACAGCGAAGAGGAGUCCCAGUUUCUGUCAGAUAUCACAGCCAGGGUGAAGGGACGGCAGAUUCCAGUGGAGGAUGUUUCCUCGCUGUCAGACCAGGCAAAAAUCAAAAAGCUGUAUAAAGUCACUCCCCAGGAGGAGAAGUGUGGGACUCUGCUGGACGCAGUUGUAUGCAGGAUGGGCACCAAAGAUGUCAUGUAGCUACAACAGGAAAAAAGGACCAGAACAGGACUUUAAAAAAAA